GGCGAUGGCCGGGGCCCCGCUGCUGGAGGCGCUGGGCCGCCUGUGGCAGGUGCAGGCCCAGCUCGGCAGCGGCGCCUCCGCCUCCGUGUUCCGCGUGCGCUGCUGCGGGGACUCGCACGCUCCGCUCGGCGCCGUCAAGGAGUUCGUGCCCCCGGCGCGGCCCGGGCCUGCCGCCCGCAGCGCCCCGGAGUACGGCUUCGGCAAGGAGCGCGCCGCGCUGGAGCAGCUGCGGGGCCACCGCAACAUCGUGACGCUGUACGGCGUGUUCACCAACCACUUCUCUGCAAAUGGCCCUUCCCGCUGCCUCCUGCUGGAGCUGCUGGACAUCAGUGUGUCAGAGCUGCUUCUCUACUCCAGCCAUCAGGGUUGCUCCAUGUGGAUGAUCCAGCACUGUGCCCGUGAUGUGUUAGAAGCCCUGUCUUUCCUUCACCACAAAGGCUAUGUGCAUGCAGACCUCAAGCCACGCAACAUCUUGUGGAGCGCAGAGGAAGAGUGUUUUAAACUCAUUGACUUUGGGCUUAGCUUCAAAGAGGGGAAUCAGGAUGUGAAAUAUAUUCAGACAGACGGGUAUCGGGCUCCAGAGGCAGAGCUGCAGAACUGCCUGGCUCAGGCGGGGCUCCAGAGUGAAACGGAAUGUACCUCUGCUGUAGAUCUGUGGAGUCUAGGAAUCGUUUUACUGGAAAUGUUCUCGGGAAUGAAACUGAAACAUACUGUCCAAUCGCAGGAAUGGAAAACAAACAGUUCUGCCAUCAUUGAUCACAUUUUUGCCAGUGAAGGUGUGGUAAAUUCAGCCAUCCCAGCCUAUCACCUCAGAGACCUUAUCAAGAGCAUGCUUCAUGAUGACCAAGCGAAAAGAGUCACUGCUGCAAAGGCCCUGUGCAGCCCCUUCUUCAGCAUUCCCUUCGCUCCCCAUAUUGAAGAUCUGGUGAUGCUUCCAACUCCAGUGCUAAGGCUGCUCAAUGUCUUGAGUGAUGCUUCUCUUCAGAGUGAAGAAGAAUAUGAAGAUGUGCUGGAAGACAUAAGAGAGGAGUGUCAGAAAUAUGGCCCGGUGGUUUCCAUGCUUGUUCCAAAGGAGAAUCCUGGCAAAGGCCAAGUCUUCGUUGAAUAUGCAAAUGCUGGUGAUUCCAAAGCUGCCCAGAAAUUGCUCACUGGAAGGAUGUUUGAUGGCAAGUUUGUUGUGGCUACGUUUUACCCCCUGAGUGCCUAUAAGAGAGGGUAUCUGUACCAAACAUUGCUCUAGCAGCAGCAGCCAUCAGGAGAGUCGGCAGCGCUUCUUCCUCAUUUCAGUGUGUUCUGCAGUUGAAUGUACAAAGAGCUUCCUAGCCCUGCUUUUGAGUAGUUUUGAAAGGAGAUCUGCACAGGACAGAACUGGGCUUUUGCCCUCUAGUGCUGCUUUGUCCUGUACAAAGGUAGCCCAGGUGGCUUUAAAAUGAUCUGUGUUCUGCUUGUUUGGUUACAUUAGAGAUGUGGCUCUUGCCUACCCUGGAAGGCUCUCGAGUGACUGGAGUAAGUAGUGGCAUUGCCAUUACAGGAGACUCAAUAUGUAAGCAAUUGAGGUUAAGUCUGGUUCAGACUGUUAAAAAUGUUGCUUGUGUCUUGACACUAAUGAUCGACUAGUGUUUUGGGAAAGGAUCUCUCUGUUAAAUAUUCAUCACGGAGUGAGAAACCCCCCCACCCCAUACACAUGCUCUGAGACACCCAGGAGGCCCUCCAGAAAGAACAGGAAAGACUACACUUUUUUUUCCUGUUAUCUAAGGUAAAAAGACAAGCAGAAGCCCCUGCAUCUCUGGGGUGGGUGGGGGAGGCUUCAGGUCUUUACACCCCAUAAAGUAGUGGCCAUCUGGCCUGUGGGGUUAUGCUGUCACUGACAACUGGCCCAGGGAGACCAGUAAAAUUUCCUCCGCUCUAGUGUCAGCUGUUGUCUUGUUGGGAAACUGAUUGUCAGUGUCAGUGAAGGCAAACUGCUGCCUGAGAGCAGGGCACCUGCAGCAACGUGAGUUCACUUGUAUGGACAGGCUGGGCGAAUGUGGAAUCCAUUAAGCAUCUUUGGGGAAAGGACCAGUGUUAGUCCUUACCCCUGUAACACCAUGUAAUCUAGAGGUUACACAUUGCCUGUAGUAUGGACAUCCAUUGCUCUUAGUAUCUGUGCCAAAGAGUGCAUAGUGCAGAGGCAUUCCCGAGCCAGCAGGAUUCUGUAAAGGCCUGCUAGAGCACACAGCAUUCCUUUCAAGAACUCAGCAGGAUGUCUAUUCUGAAGACUUGUAAGGGAGAGCAAAUUUGUACCUGUCGUCAUUUGCUUGUUUGGCUUCUGUUGUAGCAUGUGUUUUUUUUGUUGCUUUAGCCAGUGUUGAUUUAUUGGAAUUGUGGCAGUAAGCAGAAAGCACUGACACUUUUGGCUCUCCAUAGGGUACACAAAGGGCCUGAGAAUACAAGUUCCUUUAGAACAAGGAUCCUUGAAAUAAUCCUACUUGACUGCUAAGGGCCUCUUCCAGGGUGAUGCAUUCUAGUGCCAGAAGGACUGUGGGGUUAGCAAGCACACCCGUUGGAUGCUCUUGGGGUUAGCAAGCACACUAGUUGGAUGCUGUUAGGAAAGAAACAGAUUGAGUGUGGCCCAUGUCACUGCUUCUCUCUCUUAACAGAAGAGCAGCCUAAAUUCGGCUCAUGCUCUACUUGCAGUGCUUCAGCAUUGAGCAAGAGCUGCUAGAACAGUAGUUCUCAAACUUUUGUACUGGUGACCCCUUUCACACAGCAAGCCACCUGAGUGCGACCCCUCCCCCGCUUGUAAAUUAAAAACACUUUUUUUAUAUUUAACACCAUUAUAAAUGGUGGAUGCAAAGCGGAGUUUGGGGUGGAGGCUGACAGCUCGCGACCUCCCAUCUAAUAACCUCACGUCCCCGUGAGAGGUCCCGAACCCCAGUUUGAGAAUCCCUGCGCUAGAAUGUAGUGUUUACAAACCCCACGUGCACAGCCCCCCCUCCUUUGAGUGAUAGGCACAGGCGGCGAGGAAGUAAAAUAACCCUAGGGGGUGUGGAAGCUGCUGCACCAGUUUUAGUGCUGAGGAGAUGCCUCUGAUCCCAAGCCCUGUCUAGAGAAAUCUUCUGGGGCAGUUGUUGAAGAGAUGUCCCUGCCUCACUCUGCACUGAGGCCGCUGCGCUUAUCCGGGCAAUGUGCUGCUAGCAUCCUGCCCAGGCUGGACUUCCAGCAUUCUGCACUUGACCUUUCCUGCUGAUAUUGCCAGUGUGUCGUGCGAGAGUCAGUCUGCAGCAUGUCAUAAGUCACUUGUCUUCAUUCCUUCUCUGUGCUGCUGUGAAGUGGCUACUGCCAUGCUGUAAUUAAAGUGUAAUUAAAAUUCCCAUUAUAAGCCCCAUUUUUAACCCUUCCCUAGCUCCUCCAGAAAGAGCCUGAUCUUCCUGAGUUUUUCUGUGCUGCUUCUCACUCAAGGUAGAGGCUUUUCUGAGGAGUUUGGUAAAAAUCCCAAAACAAAUUUUGAUGUUUUAAAAAUGAGCCUGUGAUUCAUUGAUCAGACUGUACCGAAGUGUGGUUCAGAGUAUCCCAAGCAGGGUUUCACCUGGGGACUCCAGCUGUGUGUGCUUUGUUUGUGUGUGCUUAGCUGGCCUUGCUGAGACAUGGCUCUGAGUAUCCAGGACCUAUAUUAGUGUUGGGUUUUCAGUGUGUGAAGAGCUGGUUCUAUAUUUAUGGAUGUUUAGUAUCUUGGUAGUUUAAACUACCAUGCUACUGACCUGACUGCUGCUAUCUGCCAGGCUGAGCCACAGGGGGAGGACACCAAGGGCUGUCUGUACUGGAGAUGAGGUCAUGUUAAUUAACACAACAUUCAAACAUUCUGGAUGUGAAGAUGGCCCUGUUCAGAUCAUUGUCAGCUGGCCCAUCACGUUCACACUCUGCUUAGACCCAGACCAUCCUGUUUAAAGGUGACCUUCCCCAAGGCUGACUAGCUUUGGCUGGGGGAGCUGUGCUGUGAUGGGAGGGCUCUGAGGAGCACAUAAAGGGGGUGGCGUUAAGCCAUGGGCUUGGGGAAAGAGCAUGCAUGGAGGGAGGGGGUGAUGGGAGCCCAGAAAGGGACCAUGAGGAGGAGACAGUAGGGCAUGCACAGGCAUGGCAGGAACUCAGGAUGGGGGUACCGAGGAGUGCGAAGAGACCAUGGGGUGCCUGGCUAGCACAGAGCGGGGGUGGGGAAGAUGCAGUGUUUUGUCUUUGGCAGGCCUGCACAACUCGUAAAGCGGCAAGAGCCAUAUUACUGCACAGAAAACAGCUGAGGGCCAAACCCAUGCACCCCCAGCGCCACUGAAACACCACCCCCCCAGCCCCUCUGAAACCCAACACACACACACACACAGCGCCGUCCACCCUGCGGAAACAAACCUUCCUUCCCCAGCGCCGCCCCGCCGAAACAGCUGUGAGCCAAAAAAGGUUUUUUUGGGGGGGAUGAUACUUUAUUAAGAAUUUUUCAAUUAAAGCAAACAAUUGUAUAUAUGGCACACUAGGGAGGCACUGACAGUGUGUGGAAGCCUGUAGUGUAGAGGGGGAAAGAAACAGCGUGCAUAGGAGUAAAAUAGGACCCAUCUCCUCUCUGCUCAGCCCCAUUGUCACACCCCUCUUCAGCCCCUAGCCCCCCCCCGCUGGAUUUCUGCAUCCCUCCUAGUCAGUCCCCCACCCACCACUCGCCUCUUUUCACCUCCUCCCUCCCCUGCCAGAAACCCCCAUGCCUGCCCCUAGAACCCCAGUUGGCUCACUGCUUGCCUCUUUGCCCACCUGCUCGCCUCUGACUCGCCACUCCCCCCUC